GACGGGACGACCCGCGAGCUCCGGGGCUGGGGGCGGGGCGGCCCGGGCACCCCCCAACCCUAGCCCCAGAGCCCCCUGUCCCCGCCAGCUCGGAGGAGGGGGCAGGCCGUCCUGUUUCCCCACACCCCUCCCAGCCGCAGCCGCCGGCCUUGGGGCCCCGGUGGGGAGCAGGGGGCUGAUUAGCCGAGGAGCAGGGGUGUGGCCAGCGGGGCCCCGGGUAGUGACUCACACACGCUGCUCGCCCAGUCCCGGGGCCGAGCGCGUUCCCAGCCCGAGCUGCGCUCUGGCCAGGCCCGAAGAGUGUCCCUGGGCUUGGCAUGAGGACCCUGGGGCACCGAGGGAGGGGCUGAAGCCCAGUGCAGUGGUGGAGGGCGGACAGAAUGACUGAGAACAUGAAGGAGUGCUUGGCGAAAACCAAGGCUGCUGUGGGGGACAUGGUGCCGGUGGUGAAGACAGAGGUCUGCUCGCCACUCCACGACCAGGAGUAUGGCCAGCCCUGCUCUAGGAGACCAGACCCGUCAGCCAUGGACGUUGAGCCCAAGAAACUGAAGGGGAAGCGCGACCUCAUCAUGCCCAAAAGCUUCCAGCAAGUGGACUUCUGGUUCUGUGAGUCCUGCCAGGAGUACUUUGUGGACGAGUGCCCGAACCACGGCCCCCCAGUGUUUGUGUCCGACACGCCAGUGCCUGUGGGCAUCCCAGACCGGGCGGCCCUCACCAUCCCACAGGGCAUGGAGGUGGUCAAGGAAGCCAGCGGUGAGAAUGACGUGCGGUGCAUCAGCGAAGUCAUCCCUAAGGGCCACAUCUUUGGCCCAUACGAGGGGCAGAUCUCCACCCAGGACAAGUCAGCUGGCUUCUUCUCGUGGCUGAUCGUGGACAAGAACAACCGCUACAAGUCGGUAGACGGGUCAGAUGAAACCAAAGCCAACUGGAUGAGGUACGUGGUCAUCUCCCGGGAGGAGAGGGAGCAGAACCUGCUGGCAUUCCAGCACAGCGAGCGCAUCUACUUCCGGGUGUGCCGGGACAUCCGGCCAGGGGAGCGGCUGCGGGUCUGGUACAGCCAGGACUACAUGAAGCGCCUGCACAGCAUGUCCCAGGAGACCAUCCACCGCAAUCUGGCCAGAGGAGAGAAGAGGUUGCAGAGGGAGAAGUCUGAGCAGGCUCUGGAUAACCCAGAAGACCUGAGGGGUUCCAUACAGCUCCCUGUGUUGAGACAGGGCAAAAGUCCCUACAAGCGUGGCUUUGAUGAAGGGGAUUUGCACCCCCAGGCCAAGAAGAAGAAAAUUGACCUUAUUUUCAAGGAUGUGCUGGAGGCCUCGUUGGAAUCUGCAAAGGUGGAAGCCCACCAGCUGGCACUGAGCACCUCACUGGUCAUCCGGAAAGUUCCCAAGUACCAGGAUGACACCUACAGUCGGUGUGCAACGACCAUGUCCCAUGGUGUGCAGAAUGUCAGCCGGACCCAGGGGGAAGGGGACUGGAAAAUCCCCCAAGGAGCUUCCAAGGAACCAGGCCCAACAGAGGAUGAAGAAGAGGAGCCUUCAUCAUUCAAGGCUGACAGUCCUGCUGAGGCCUCCCUUGCAUCUGACCCUCAUGAGCUUCCCACCACCUCCUUUUGCCCUAACUGUAUUCGCCUAAAGAAGAAGGUCCGGGAACUUCAAGCAGAACUAGACAUGCUUAAGUCUGGGAAGCUUCCUGAGCCCCCUGUAUUGCCAGCACAGGUACUGGAGCUCCCAGAGUUCUCAGACCCUGCAGCCUCAGAGAGCAUGGUCUCUGGCCCCGCCAUCAUGGAGGAUGAUGACCAGGAGGUGGAUUCGGCCGAUGAAUCCGUCUCCAAUGAUAUAAUGACUGCGACGGAUGAGCCCUCCAAGAUGUCAUCAGCCACAGGACGCAGGAUCCGGCGCUUUAAGCAGGAGUGGCUGAAGAAGUUCUGGUUCCUGCGGUACUCCCCGACCCUCAACGAGAUGUGGUGCCACGUCUGCCGCCAGUACACAGUGCAGUCUUCGCGAACCUCGGCCUUCAUCAUCGGCUCCAAGCAGUUUAAGAUCCAUACCAUCAAGCUGCACAGCCAGAGCAACCUGCACAAGAAGUGCCUGCAGCUGUACAAGCUCCGCAUGCACCCUGAGAAGACAGAGGAGAUGUGCCGCAACAUGACCCUGCUCUUCAACACCGCCUACCACCUGGCCCUUGAGGGCCGGCCCUACCUGGACUUCCGGCCCCUGGCUGAGCUGCUAAGAAAGUGUGAGCUCAAAGUGGUGGACCAGUACAUGAACGAGGGAGACUGCCAGAUCCUCAUUCAUCAUAUCGCCCGGGCUCUGCGGGAAGACCUGGUGGAGCGCAUCCGCCAGUCCCCUUGCCUCAGCAUCAUUUUGGAUGGGCAGAGCGAUGACCUCCUGGCUGAUACUGUAGCUGUCUAUGUCCAGUAUACUAGCAGUGACGGGCCCCCAGCCACAGAGUUCCUGUCCCUGCAGGAACUGGGAUUCUCCGGCACAGAAAGCUAUCUUCAGGCCCUCGAUCGAGCCUUCUCUACAUUGGGCAUCCGGUUACAGGAUGAGAAGCCAACUGUUGGCUUGGGCGUGGAUGGAGCCAACAUCACAGCCAGCCUUCGUGCCAGCAUGUUCAUGACAAUCCGCAAGACGCUGCCCUGGCUGCUGUGCCUGCCCUUCAUGGUGCACCGGCCCCACCUGGAGAUACUGGAUGCCAUCAGUGGGAAGGAGCUCCCCUGCUUAGAGGAGCUGGAGAACAACCUGAAGCAGCUGCUGAGCUUCUACCGCUACUCACCACGCCUCAUGUGUGAGUUGCGCUCCACGGCCUCGACCCUCUGUGAGGAGACAGAGUUCUUGGGGGAUAUCCGGGCUGUGAAGUGGAUCAUUGGCGAGCAGAAUGUCCUCAAUGCACUCAUCAAGGACUACCUGGAGGUCGUGGCCCACCUCAAGGACAUCAGCAGCCAGACCCAGCGGGCGGAUGCCUCGGCCAUUGCCCUGGCCCUGCUGCAGUUCCUCAUGGACUACCAGUCCAUCAAGCUCAUCUACUUUCUGCUGGAUGUGAUCGCCGUGCUCUCACGCCUGGCCUACGUCUUCCAGGGUGAGUACCUCCUGGUGUCCCAGGUGGAUGAUAAGAUCGAGGAGGCCAUCCAGGAGAUCAGUCGGCUGGCCGACUCCCCAGGAGAAUACCUGCAGGAGUUUGAGGAGAACUUCCGAGAGAGCUUCAACGGGAUUGCAAUGAAGAACCUCAGGGUGGCCGAAGCCAAAUUCCAGUCCAUCAGGGAGAAGAUCUGCCAGAAGACCCAAGUGAUUCUGGCUCAGAGGUUUGAUUCCCGUAGCCGGAUCUUUGUGAAGGCCUGCCAGGUGUUUGACCUGGCCGCCUGGCCCAGGAGCAGUGAGGAGCUUGUGAGCUAUGGCAAGGAGGAUAUGGUCCAGAUAUUUGACCAUCUGGAGGCCAUCCCGACCUUUUCCAGGGAUGUCUGUAGGGAAGGGCUAGACCCCCGGGGGAGUCUUUUAAUGGAGUGGCGAGAACUCAAGGCGGAUUACUAUACCAAAAAUGGCUUCAAAGACCUGAUCAGCCACGUCGGUAAGUACAAGCAGAGGUUUCCACUCUUGAACAAGAUCAUUCAGAUCCUUAAAGUCCUCCCCACUUCCACCGUUUGUUGCGAGAAAGGCCGCAAUGCCCUCCAACGGGUACGCAAAAACCAUCGUUCCCGACUGACCCUGGAGCAGCUCAGCGACCUCUUGACAAUUGCGGUAAAUGGGCCACCCAUUGCUAACUUCGAUGCCAAGCGAGCCCUGGACAGCUGGUUUGAGGAGAAGUCUGGCCACAGUUACACACUGUCUGCUGAGGUCCUCAGCAGGAUGUCUGCACUGGAGCAGAAGCCAGUGCUCCAGGCCAUAGACCAUGGGACAGAGUUCUACCCAGACAUUUAGGGAGCCCGCGCUGCAGAGUUCACUAAGCUGUUGAAUAUUUUUUUAAUCUAUACUCAUAAGCUUUGAUAUAUAAAUAUAUAUUAUAUAUAUAUAUAUAUAUACACCCACACUGAAAAUUUUUAAAAACCAAGGUGACGCGUCCACCAGAAGCUACUGGGAGCUUUCAGAAAGGAAUAAUGUUGGAAACGGACUCUUGUCUACAAAAUUUGGCAGCUGCAACAUAGGUGGCAACUCAUUUUCACUCACAGAAGCAUGUGCUGGGGCCACACGUAUUCCCACCGGACAGUCAACCAACAGCAUAAGCUAAAAAUGACGGGUCUCUGUCAUCACUUUAGGUAGCUCACUUUAUUUAUGUUGACGUCUGGGGGUGAGGGGCUUUGGGUUGGGGCUGGGGUUUAUGUUCUUGCCUUUUCUUUUGUUGUAUGGCUUCCUGAGGGGGGUUUCUUAACCUCCUCAUUGACAUUCUGGUCAAGUUUAAUCAGAUCUCUGACUUCAGACGGGAUGAUAGCUUGUCUGGGUUAGGGUGUUUGAUCUUUCCACCUCCCCCACUCCAGACUUCAGCUUGAGAAAUUUUUAUUCAUUUCCUAGUGAGGGUUCUUUUUCUGUCUUAGAAGUGAAAGUCUUGGUCAAACUGUGACACCCACCACUCCCCACCUUGGUUGUCUCUCCCCUCACUAGGUUGUCGGUUCCCUCCUUCCAGCUCCCCAGAUAGUAAAGAUAUUACCUGUUAUACUGAAGGCAAAACUGUCAUACAGCCAAACUUGAAAUCUUAGGGAAGGGAAAAAGGAGUGACCUUUUUGCAUUCUGGUUUUUAUGUGGGGGAGGAUAAAACAAUAUAAUGCAAUUCAGACCCAGGCCUGUUGAGGGUGAUGAAGAGCCAAGUAAUCCAGACCCCAGGAGGGCAGUGAUUUUUGGCUUUAAAAAAAAAAAAAAAGUAAGAUGAAAAGUAUAUAUUCAAUUUACAUGAAUUAUUUAUGCUCUAUCUUUAUAAUCAUAUAAUGUGAUGGGGGUAAUUUUUCCUUUAAUCAUCAAGAAAUACCUGCUAUAGCUCUGUGGCAGGAGGUUCAAUGCAAGAUGUGCCCUGGGUUAUUCGUAGCUCAAAUGAGAGUCUCUAGAAAUUAGUCCUUCUUUUGCAGCAAGUCUGAAAACAUGGUCUGCAGCCUGGCGGGAAGGUUGUAGGAAACUGGGUGAUACAUCUAUGCCUGUGAACUCUUCCUUUGUUAAACAGGGUAGAGAUGUCCUAAAGGAAAGGAAAAAAUGAGAAGUCGAACAGGACUCUCAAGGCAUGAGCCUUCAGACACACACACAUACACACACACACACACACACACACCCGCCGAUAUAAGCUUUAGAAGUAGCUACUUGCCUACUCCCUGGGACAAGUAGUGGUUUAAGCUAGUGGAGUCUGAUCAAUGCUCUUUGGUUCAUUUAACUACCAGUAUACCUCGCAAGGGAGUUUAAAAAAAAAAAAAGUGCGUGAGCUGUUAAAAAACUUCUGUUCAUGUUUCUACAUCUGGUCUAUGCAUAUUUUAUGUGCAGACAUCCUAGAACAUGGAUAUAGGUCAUGUUUGGGGGAGGGAGGAAGAUCUGAAUUCUAGAUGGUCGGUUCUGCUGGGAGCCACCCCUCUCCAUUGGCAGAGGAUGGCGUCACAUGGCCACAGACAAGACCCUAGUGUCUUCAACCUGUUUGGCUCAGACAUUAUUAAACUGUGGUGACUUCCUUCCUUCUUGGGUUAUCUUGUCUCAGAGGCCUCAUGCCGCCGUUGAGAACCAUAGUGGAAAUGUCAUCAACACUGAACAUGUCACUCUUCUUUCCUUGUCCUGCCACUACCUUCAUCUCCCACAGAUCCUUCCCCUCUACCCCCAUGGUCUUGGUGCUAAGAUAACUUUAGAAUCAUUGCUGCUAGUCAAUAGCUUUUCAUUAUAUAAAUAUCUAUAUAUAUUAUAUAUUAUUUUUGAAACUUUUUUUUGGUUUGUUUUCAACAGUGAUGUAGCAUGUUAAAAAACAAAAAACUGGUUUCCUCCAAUUGUCCCACUGCCAGGCAUCAUAUGCUGCCUUCUUCAACAAAUCAAUGCACCCCUGCCUGGUGACACCCCCCACCCACCUCAGUCGCACACAUACUUCCCCACGUCCUCUGAACAAGGAGAGAGUCAGCAGGAACUAGCAACGAAAGACCCAAAGCUCCUCCCUGAUGCUUUGAAAUCCCCAGCCUGGUUCUCCUUUCCCACUUGAAAGUGAUGUCUCCUGUCCACCCAUUCCUCCCAUCCAGGUUAACCCAUAACUGUGGUCAAGUGGGAUUCCAUUGCAAAGCACAAGUUCCCACCUUUCCCUCCUGGACUUCCUCACCACUCACCCACCCAGACUUCCGAGUCUGUGGGAGCUUUCACUGAGCAUCGCAGAGACUAUGAUGGGUGGAGGGCAGACAUGGCAAGGUGGGCCUCAGGGGGCAGAAGCAAUAGGUUGGAAUCCUUUCUUCUAGCCAACAGUUGCCUUACACCUUCUUCUUCCUCCCUCUGCUCCUCCCCACUUAUUACGUUGGGACCCUCAACUAACUGGGGCUCAUUUCCUAGACCACUCAUUUGAAAACCAGGAAGAGAGGCUCCUUAGUGUCUGCCUGAUUAUUAGGCCCAUGACUGUUUCCUCUCAAGAGACUCUAGCUAGAGUUAGCUCAGCUCUUCAUCCAGAGGGAAAAAAUCCUUUGGGCCAAUGCCGGUGUCUAUUCCAGAACUCCUGGGAAGGCCAGGAGAAGGUGACCUGCCUCUGGGCCUACAAGAAUGAGUUGCCACUAGCAGCUUGUGGCUGCAGGCUAGAUAUCUCCCAAGCCAGCCUCCAGACCUUGGGGAAGCUGAGCUCUCGGGGGAGGGCUUAAAGCUUGGCAGGGGUGCCUUUAAAACUCUGAAUGCUCUUGGCUUCUGCUGAAUUCAGCCAGGAAGCCUGGGGCAUAGCACACUUUGCAGAGGCCACUUUGACUUGGGAUGGGGAGUAACCAGGGAACAGUUCGGGUGACAUGCCACUGCAAUUUCUACAGUGUCCUUUCUCACCAUGGUUGCUGCUCCAGAGACUCGGUGCUUCUGUCCUGUGAAUUCUGCAUGUGAUUCCCUGAUUUCUGUCACAGGCCUUUCUACUCCUCUGCCUCCUUGAGAAGGACUCUUGGUUGAUCUGACCUUCAGGGUCCAGCCCUGGGAAUCACACCGUUGGCUAGCCUCACCUUCCUCAUGGGUAUACAAAACUGUGCGCAGGCAGUUUUUGCCUCCCGAAUGUGGUCAGCUCAGAUGAAACAGAACCUCAAACUUAGGAGUGGCUUAGGAGUGACAACCAUAGGCUUGGAAUCAAGUAUGUGUGUCUCGGGGGUUGAGACCUGUCCUAGUUAGGCUAACCAAUGAAUGACUUUCUUUGGCUUAUGGAAGAGGUAGGAAGUGAGAUCAACUUUGAGGCCCAGGUUUCUGGCCAGAUGUGCCAAAGCGAUCCUGAUCCACCGCAGAACUAGGAGCUCCUGUGAUUGAAAUGAGCUGCUCUUCCUUGAUGGGGGAGGUGGGGGAAGACCCAUCACCACCUGUGACAUGUGAGGACAGCCCAGCCCUGCUGCAGUCUUGCCAUUCCAGAAUCCCAGUGUUUGCCAGCCUGACAUAUGGUGGUCCCAAGCAGAUCCUCAUUCCCCAUCCUCACUUGGGAACGAGAGCAGGAUCCCUGGAUGACUGGAUGCAGCUCUGGGCCCUGAAUUGGUGGCAUUUGGGUGUCUCUGACCCCAGCCCCUGCUCCAUGCUUCCAUGUCAAGUUGUUUUGCUGAGCCCUCUCCCCUUGACUUGUUUUUGUCAAUCCUUUAAUUUGGAGGAAGGAUCUCAUAAUUAUUUAAGACAAUGUUGAAAUAUUUUCUGUUUGUUUGGAGGUGAUGCCAAGAAGAAGAAAAUAGGAAAAGCACGUGGAAGGCAGAAAAUGAUAGUGGAGAGAUUGCAGUGGACGACGAAUUGGCCCAGCCUGGGCUCUGGGGCUGGCAACCUCUUGGAUUGCUCACCUGAAGCCUGAUGAGGCCUGAGGGGUUGAAGUAUCGCCUCUCUCUCCUAGUUUCCUUUCCCUCUGUUUUUCUCCACCCCCUCUGGAAACAGGAAUUCUAUAUCUAGAUCUGGUUUUGGCUACAGUCUGAGUUGGUUUCCCAAUAGAAGGCUUCAUUUACAUUCUCUCUUGGUGCAUACAUCAGUUUGGGCACAAGAAGUCAGGUUGCACCUUGCCCCUUCAAGUGGCCAGCGCAGCCAGGCCAGGCUGUGGCAGCUGAAGUAGGGAAGCCAGACCUCCCUAGCAAGAAAGGAAUGUUUGAGGGACAUGUGAGCUUGGAACAAUCCUGUGCCAGGCACCAACCUCCUUGGGAGGUGGUGGUGGGUCCUAGACAGGUGUCCAAUCCUUAGGGGGGAAGGUUUUGGCAAGAGACACGCUUGGAAGGAGGCCUUCGUUUCUCUCUGUCGGUCAGGGUGCUUUAGCUGAGUGGAUGGAGCUGCGGUGUUUUAAGGAGCCUUUGAGGUGACCUUUGCUUGUCAGAGAGAAAAAAAGUGCCCUUUGGGGAGUAAAAUGGUACGGCCCUCCCCUUCCAUCUGGCACUCCCCUUAUCCCUCCAAGUGGUAUGACCCUGGAAGUACCUAUGCAAUCCAGUCUCCCCAGGAGCUAGUGCAUGGAAGCAGGGGUGUGUGCAUUGUAGAAAAGAGAUGCUACAGCCUAUAUAUUGUAUAUAUGGACAUAUACAGUACGUAUACACACAGAGUAAGAGAUGAAAUCACGUCUAUAUAUCUAUAAAUAAUAUCCUAUAUAUUUAUACAUUUCUAUGUUUUAAAUAGAUAUAAAAACAGAGUCUAUAGCGAGCUGGGAGCGCAAGAGCGAAAGUCUGGCGCUGUGUAUGCGAAGGGGCAGGAAGAGAGCCUUCGCUGGGGAGCCGGGAAGCUCAGCAGGCAGGGUGUGCUGGGAACGGGCCUCCUAUGGAGUGUUGGAGAAGAGAGGAUGUCCCACCACCUCGUCUGUGCCUCCAGGAGGCCUGGGUCCCGGCCCUCUCCAUGCACUUUUUCUCCUUUCCCCAGGCAUGGUCUGAUGUUGGAAGGAGAUACCCCUGAGCCCCAGCUUAAGUGGCCCCUACAUCCUCUCGCAAGCCUACUGCUUGGCAGUAGGGCGUGGUCUCUGUCAUUUGGGGUCGGGACCACUGCACAAUCUUCCCCAAAGCCCCCCUAGGUAGGAGCAGAGUCAGUGGCAAUAGGAAAGGCGCAAAUUGUACCUAGGGAGGUCCUCGAAUAUGCCGCCCCUCCCCCCUUGUCUGCGUCCGCUGCCCCCUAGAGACCACACCUCUGAAGUACAGCGUCCUAGCCUCCCUUUCCCACUCAACCACUCACUGUCUGUCUUCCUGGCAGGGGUUGGGGUAGGGGCAGUGAAGUGGGCAGCGAGAGCGACGCCAGGCAGCCUGCCCGCCACCCAGAGGCUUGCUGGCCACGGCAGGGGGCACCAGCUACGAGAGAAGGGUGGGAGAGACAUAUCCGCACACUCCUAGGUUCAGUGGCAACUCAAGGUCAGAAGCAGGGCUCUGGCCCUGCCAGCUUUGCACAGCCGCUGCCGCCGGCUGUACUCAGGACACCGCAUUUCCCUGUCCUCCUGCAGGGAGGCCCAGGGACCCCACCCAGCCCCACGUACCAGGCAGGUUUAGUUCACGUACACUGUUCUCAUUCUGUGACUCGAAGCAGAGGCUAAGCUGCGAGGCCCCGCGCUCACCCACCUCUACUGGGCAGGACGUGUCCCCGCGCCCAUCCCAAGCCGCGUGAGCCGGGCGGGGUGUCCAGGGACAGGAGGUGGGCAGCAGGGCACAGUAGCAGCUGGCAGCAUGACGGAGGGCUCGCGGCGCCCUGACGGGAAUCAGAAGCCCGUUUCACUUGCAGUUUUCCCUCUGUCGUUUCUUUCCCCUGGAGGUGGGGUGGAGGGUUUGUUGGAGCCCUGGAUGAUGAGGGACAGUGGGUGCCUACAACCCCUGCUCUCCAGACCAGCCUUCGCCUUAGGGCUCUACAAGGCAUGCAUUUCCCAUCCCUGAGGCCUUCUCUGACCCCAUCCCGCCUUUCCCCAACAUCUACCAAUGUACCUCAGUCUCCAGCAGACCCGCCCUUACUACCUGGAGUUCGGGGCCAGGGUCUGUUCUGCCAAUGCCCACCUCCCCCCGCCCCCCCACCCCACGUCCACCCUGGUCUCCUUGAGCCACAGCUAGCUGCCAACUGGGUCUUGGAACACCCUCUAGUGCCUGGCUCAAGAGAGACCAGUCCAGCCGAGCCUUCCUCCCAUGGCGAUGGGUCAGACCGUCGGGCAGGGGACGGGCUUCCCCGGGUAGCAAUCCCACAAUGCACUGUACCUCAGAGAGAGAUCAGGUCAUGGGGCCUGAGGGGAUCCGGCCCUCCGCCCAGAGGAGGACUGCCGGUUACAAUACUGCUCACAAAAGACGAAGGUCAGGCUGCCCUUGGGCACCCCGCAGCCUUCACUUUUGUCUCUCUAGAGAACCAGCAGUUUGAUUUGGUCUUUUCCAGCCCCUUUCUCUCUCCUCUCCAUCCCUACGCUGCUGUACCGUUUCAUUUCAAUCACAAAGGAAAUAUAAAGUGGGGGUGGGGGAAAUACCUAGGAGUCUAUUAUCACGUACAUAUUAAUAUGUUAAUACUUUCUUUCUUAAAAAAAGACUCGAUAUUAUUUUGCAGACUAUGCUUUAUAGUACCUGUGUGAGGGGGCCUAGAACACUGGAUACAAAUAGAGCUAUGUUGGUUUAUCAUAAUAUGUACGCAGAAACUUUCCUUUUGUCAUAUUAUCCUUGUAAUGUAUGAAAAUUGUUAAUAAAAAACAUUUAAAUUUACUCACAAGGUCAAAUCCCUUCCUCCUCGCCUCUCUCCCAGUUCUGUGCUCGGGGAUGCUUCAGAAUCGGCCCCACAGCAAGGGCUGCCAUUUUGGAAGAAACCGGAAGCUGCCAGUUCAGCUCCUUCCUGUUGCUCUCACUUCUCCCCUGUUAGCGUUUACUCCCAGCAGGGAACUAGUAUACCUCACCCACCAGUUAGGCCAGACUGUUU